AUGUCUCGACAGCUGCAAAUAGCGUCCAAAUUGGAAAUGCGUCCAGUGAUUCGCAUUUUUUGGGUAAAAAGGUGCAACUGCACUGAAAUUUAUGGGCAGUUACAUGAAGUGUAUGGUGAAAAUGCAAUGUCACGUCAAGCUAUCGCGAAAUGGUUCCAGAUGUUUGAGAAUGGACGCACAGAUAUUGACGACGCUGAGCGCGAGAGAAAACCAUCAACUGCAACAAAUUCAGAAUUCGCUGUUCGCCUGAAUGAAUGCAUUCUGGUAAACAGACACAUAACGACAGAAGAAAUCUCAAAUGAACUGGAAAUGUGCACAAAUUAUUGCCGAUCACCUUAA